AACUUCGUUAGGCAAGCAUGGCGGAUUACGGACUCUGUUACAUGGCUACUGACAUCUAACUGUGCCGACCAGAAAACUCAGCCUGCAGGGAAAUGUAAGAGAGGAGAAUAGAGAAACAGAAGUGAAUCUUAAUUGUUCUUUCACAUAUUCCUUGAGGCUCCUUCUCUCACCACAACCGGGGCCUGUCUUUCUACUGUCCCAUCAUUUAUAGAUGAACCAUUGACAAAUUACAAGUCAGAGAACUUCCUUGUUGUCCAAGUUUGUGUACCUGUGCAAGUGUACUAGAGAGCCAUGGAAAUUGGAGCUCAUGAUGGCAGAUCAGAACAUUCUGAUACUAGUGAUGUGAUCAAAAGUUUGAGCCAAAAUUUUUCACCUGAAGCAUUGCAAAGUGCUUUGAAACUUGCCAUGGCUAUGAAGAAUGCUCCUCAAGAGGAAUAUGACUCUCUAAUGAGGUUGAUAUCCCAGCCAAAUGAAGCACCAGAUUCUGAGGAGAAACCAUCUGUAGAGGCUGCAGAUGGUUGUGAGAAUGAUAAUAGCCUUGAGAAAUUGCAACAUUUACCUGAAUUAUCUGAUCAAGUUGAAAAAAAUAACAUUGAGAGAGACCAUGUUGUAUCCAAUGGACUGGGAGAGGGUAAAGAUAGCCAUAUAGCAGAUGAAAAUGCAGCUAGUGGUAAUAAUUCCUAUGAAAUAGAAGGUGGAAGUGUCUUCACUUCAAAGGAUGAUGACAGGUUUUCUGAAGUGUCUGAUGAAGAGGACAAGAUAAAAGAUCAGUUUAGAUCUGAAGCUGAUGGCAACAUUGAUGAUUGUGUCACAACUGUUGCUGUUGAUGAUGUUAAUGCUGCAGUGGAUGGAAAGGAGGAUAGCAAAAAUGACUUUGUUACUGAUGAAAAGUCAGCGCAUCAACUCGAUGAUACCACAAGUGACAAUUCUGUUUGUUCUGUUGACAUAAGCAAUGUCACUCCAAUUGGAGAGAAGAAGUUGUCUGAAUUUCCAUACAAAGAUGAAAGUUUGGCAAAUACAUUAAGUACUACAGGUGUAAAUUCUGUGAGUUCCUUCCCAGAAUAUGCUAAUUCAAGUGAAGAUGAAAAAUUACCCGAGUUAUUGCAAGGCAAAGCUGAGGACUGUUUUUCUGAGAUUGAAGAUGUAGAUGGGAAAGAGGCUGUGAGAGUUGUUUCUGUAGAAAGUGAGACCAACAAAGCCUCUGUUGAAGAGGGAACACCCUCUAUGUAUCAUGUGUCUUCUGUGCCCCAGUCACUGGCAACAGAUGUUUUGGAGAGUGAUGAAUCCAAAGUAGAUGAUGCCGAUUCAUCAUCAUCAGAUGAAGAUGAGAUGGCAUCAUCUUCGCAUUCUGUGGUGACAUCGAGUGAAAGUGAUCUGUCAGAGGCUGUUACACCAAGUGAGUCAUUUGCUGAGCAAUCAGAAAAGUUGAAAGGCAAUGUAAGACAAUUGGCUGAAGGGACCCAACUUUCCUUGCUAAUGACUGGAUCUAAGGAUGACGAUGUUGCUGUCAUAGAUGAUGAAAUGGUACCUGAAGAUGUCUGCAAAGAACAUUCGUAUGUCACUGCCCCAGUUUUAGAGAGACUGUCAUCGUUGUCUUCAACAGGCACACAGACAUCACUUGAAAACCUGAGUUUAGUAAAAGAUCAAGUACUUUCCACCCAUGGAAAUCUUGACAGCAUCCUUGGCGGAAAAGAGUGUCAUGCCUCAAAACUUCCUUUCUACUACCAACCUCAGAUUGUCGUGCAUGAAGAGAAACCUGUUUUAGUGCUUCAACCUCUGCCAUCAGCAGCCUCUUUAUCAAAUGGUAAUGCCGGUGUUCCAGGGCUAGAAAAAGGUGCAUUUAAUGCUUCUCUUCCAAUCAUUUUACCUUUGGCCUCACCAAGUAUUGAUGAGAAAACAAAAGAAGCACUUUUUCAGAGAAUGAACCAGACUGGUACAUUUCUUGCCGACCAAGGAGAUGUUGAAGAAGCUGGUACCAAAGAGAAAAAUCACCUCAGUGGUGUGUUAUCAACAGAAAUUUCCAGUGUUUCACAACUAAAUGGGGAACAUUCAAACAAGAUUCCAGCGGCAGAAAAAUAUGGAGAACACAAAGAUGGUGGAAAAACUGAAGGAUUACCAGAAUGGGUAGCUUCAUCUGAACUUGACAAGGCUUUCACUGCUGCAGCAGAGGAGAUGCCUCCAACCACAGAACAAGAAAAACCUGCCAUACUCGCAUCUCCAAGGGUCAGCUUCCCAAGCACAAAUCCUUUUGCUAAAGACUUGGUUGUUCAGCAAUCUGGACAUCAUGAUGUUGAAGCAGAAAGCCCACUAAACCCUAGUAGGGGAGAAGCACCACUAUAUUCUUUAUUUGGUCCUCCAAGUUCACCAACUGUACUUCAGGGUGCGAGACCAAAGGAAUUCAGGGCUUACCAGGAUCCUGGGAUUGGUGGCAGUGGAACAAACCCAUUCACUCCAGAUCCUCCAAAGAGUACCAGACAAAGAAGAAGGCAUGAGCAAAAGUUGCCCAGUUCCACUGAAGUGGUGGUUGCAGCAGAAGUGCAUAGUUCUGUUGGCCACCUGGGAGGGAUAAAUGGAUCUCCUAGACGUAGACUGUCAAGUGAGUCCAUGGUUACACUGAUUGAGACAUCUUAUCCUGAUACAUCUGCUGGCUGUGCUGAACCACUGGGUAUCAAUGAAACAACAAAUGCAACCAAAAAUCCUCAUCCACAACAGGAGAGAAAUGAGAACGGCCAUGGGAUGCCGAAACCACAAAAAACACUGCAGAAAAGUGGAGAAAUCCAUUUAGAUACUAAGAAGCCUGAGGCAAAAGUGCCUGGGAGUGUGGCCCCUCACUGGGUACCUGACUUUGCUUGCCUCAAUUGUACUGGCUGUAAAGUAAAGUUUACACUUUUUAUCAGGAAACAUCAUUGUUGAGGUUGUGGAAAGAUAUUUUGCAACACCUGCUGUUCACAGCUGGCCAGAUUUCCCUACUUGGAGUUUAAAAUUGGUAGAGUUUGUUACCUGUGUACAGCGG